AUGCCAAAUAGCUCAUACAUUGCACCUCCAGAUACAUCCUUAUUUUAUAAUGGUAGGCGAUCUCCACAAGAAAAUGACAAUCAACCCAACGAAACUGAACCACUAUUGGGUAGUUCUGGUGAUCAUCCAACAAUGUUACAAAGACGUGAUUCCAUUGGUGAUGCAUUAAAGCAGCAUUAUGUUUAUGAAAACGACGAGGAGAUGAUCGAUAACGGUGGUAGACUAUUUGGCAUUUUGCAUGGCUACUCAUCAGAAUACCAAAUGAAGACACCGUGGUUUUAUUUGCUAUGUGCAUUUACUGCUAUACAGAUGUUAAGGUUGAAUUAUUUUAUUGCAACCAUUAAUACACAAUACACGCAUUUGUUAGGUUCGGCUGAUAACGCAGAACCACUUACAAGGUUUUUCAAUCUAGCUUUACCGUUAGGAGGAAUCUUAUCAAUUCCAUUAGUUGGAUAUUAUUUGGACAAUUAUUCUACUGUCACUGCAUUUGCUUCAUUGCUAGUUCUUUCUUUAUUUGUCGGUGCUGUUGGGUUAGUGGGUAACUUUUAUUUUGGUCUUGUUAACGUCUGCUUCUUUGUUUUUAAUAGACCUUACUUCUAUACGGCUAUUUCGGACUUUUGUGCAAAGAUUUUUGGAUUCGAUACGUUUGGUAGGGUUUAUGGGGCCAUAAUAUGCAUUGCAGGUUUAUUUAAUCUUUUGCAAUCUCCACUUGAUAAUAUCACUCAUUCAAAAUUUGAAAUGAAUCCCAACCCUAUAAAUAUACUUUUAGUAUGUACCACCGUUGUUAUUGGAGGUGUUACAUUCUAUUAUAUGAGUCGUCAAUCUAUACAAUAUCAGGAAAAGACCAAUAGAAGUGUACCUUCCGUCUCUGUUUAG